CGUGUAUGCGUGUCGUGGGGACGUCGCCCGCCGUUUGCGACGCGCAGUUCUAGUGGGUGAUGUGUCAGUGCUGUUAGGAGCUAGGCAAGCUUGAAAGUGGCGAAGUACGCGAUUUGACAUUUGUCUUUAACCCAGGAGGGCGGAGUCAAAACAUCAAUUUUGGUUAAUUUUUUCCCGAAUCCACCCUCUGAUUGAGCAUUUCAUUAACGGAGGAAAGAAAAACCAAAUAAUGAUCAUUGUCACACUGGCAGUGCGACUGACAAUAACAUUCUACCGGCGGUGAGAGUUGAAAACCAGGUAACGAAAGGAGGUCAAGUUCUAGUUGGAGCUGAAAUUUUACUAGGCUUGCGUCGGUUGUAUCCUCUUAGUCUUCUUGUCAUAACUGCCGGUUAGCCGAGAUCACCAGUCUAAAAUGGUUAAAUUGUACGCUUUAACCAUCCUCUACAAAGGCCCGACUACAGCAACAACGAUCAAAUCAGCUUACGAACUUGGAUCUUUUUCUUUUUUUCAACGCAGUAGUGCUCAGGAAUUUAUGGCGUUUGUCAGUAAAACGAUUACUGAAAGAACUCAAGUCGCAGCUAGGCAAAGUGUUAAGGAAAAAGAGUAUAUGUGUCACGUUUAUGUGAGAGCAGAUAAUUUAGCUGGAGUUCUAAUUUCCGAUCAUGAAUAUCCUAGCAGAGUUUCGCAUACGUUGAUCACAAAAGUACUAGAUGAGUUUGCUGCCCAGUACCCACCCAGUACAUGUGCCACUUUAAAUGAAGCGACAACAAUAUUUCCACAAGUGAAUACGUACUUAGCGAAGUAUCAAAAUCCCCGGGAAGCAGAUGCAUUUACAAAAAUGCAAAACGACCUUGAUGAAACCAAGAUCAUUUUGCAUAAUACAAUAGAAGCAGUUUUAGAAAGGGGCGAAAAAUUGGACGAUUUGGUGUCAAAAUCAGAAGGCCUUAGCAUGCAGUCAAAAGCAUUUUACAAAACAGCACGGAAAACCAAUUCCUGUUGUAGCUUGACGGCUUAAAUACCGUGUACCAUGAUUCCAUUGUGUUCAUAUUAUUGUGUUACAAAUGUGGAGAUAGGUUUGUCAAAAAAAGAAUGUUGAGUAAUGUUUGAAAUUUGAAAGCUAAUUGAUAACUUUUGCCCGUUGUAACAGUUUUUUGUUCAGAUGAUUUUGCCUUUUCGGCGUAAUUAAUUACCUGUAAUUGUACAAUUUUUUAUUUUUGAAUGGAUUUUACCUGCAAUUGCAAAAGUGGUUUGUCUUACCAAUAGAUUUCACUUGUAUAUUUUCUAUUGAGCAAGAUUGAUUUAAAUAUUGUGCAGCCAAAGGUAUGAAUGUUGUUAAGAGGCCUAAGUAAGUAAUGUUAUCCAUAAUAUGUGUUAAUGAACAACAGAUGUUUUAAUGCAACAUAUUAUCCAACAAUGUCUAACUACGAGUGAUUGAAUUUUAUGUGUCUUGAUUGCAAAGGCAUCAUUUUUCGUGAGAUCCUCAGAUUGUAUUUGUGAGUGAACGGUGUUUAGCUUCAUGAAGAAUGUCACGUAGAGUUCAGUAUUCAAUUUAAGUUACUUUAGUUUAUUGAAAAAGUUGUGUUAACUUUAAUUGGCUUGUAUACAUACAGGGUUAAAUAUCCUUUCCUUUUGAGACACAUAAACAGAAAUUCCACGAAAUCUAUGUAACCCAGUGUCUAUUAAACGUCUUCUUCGUCGUUCAUCUAUUAUUCUUACUGCAAUGGAAUGUAACUUGUUAUUCCGUUGUGCAGUUUCGACAUUGGAUAAGAGUUCAGUUAUGGAUAAAACAAAAAAAAAUAUGUGUACGUAUGUAUGUAUGUAUUUAAAAAGUGUUUCAAUAUAUCAUGUCUAAAUUUCAAAAAUACCACUCUAAUUCUUCCCUCUAAACGUGAAUGUUUAUCUACUUUCAGUGCCAAGUAACAUGAAAUGUAAGUAAUUGACCACAAGUAUGAAGUACGUAGAAUGUUAUUUAUUGUAAUUUGUUGGUUUGUACAAUUCUACCAGGACAACUUCAAUUCGACGCACUACAAUUUAAUCACUUCUCUGCCAACUUGUGAAUUUUUUCUCAUGUUUUUAGCAGCACCUAGUUUACG